AUGCAUCACCUUUAUACCGACACCACCGGCAGCCUUACAUACAGGGAGCGCGAUGCCUCCCGCCUCUCGUUACUAGACCUCCCGAGCCCCAUCCGCGAACGCAUCUACGCCUACUACUUCACCUACCGUGACGGCCUGUACCUGCACCUCGUGUACAGCGGACACUUCCCGCGCCCACGCGCCCGCCACUACUCGUUCCGGCGGGCCAAUGCAGACCCUGAGCUUGUCAGCCCAUCGUCCUCUCCCUCCGCAGAGUCGAAUGCCUCCGACGAUGACGACGAGUGGCCCUUCCCCGCCGAAGCGCCCUUCAAGGCACUCACGCACUUCUUCUCGACCGUCCAGCGCACCCCACUGCAGCCCGAGGAGUGCUCCGUCUGCCUCUCGCCCACCAGCACCAACUUCGCCAACGACGAGUGGCUGGCCGCGACCACCGCAGUCACGGACGGCGGCAGCCCUCCGCUGUCCCCGUCCUCGCUUGACGUAGUGCCCCUACGGGUCUCGACGCGGCAGCGCCUGCGCACCCUGCACGCAAGCCUGCCGCCGGGGCUGCGUGCCGAGGCGGCGCUGCUACGCGUGUGUCGAGCCGUCGAGGCCGAGGCGAGGGGCGCGGUGUGGAGGUGUAAUGUCGUGCAUUUAGUGACGGACGCGGAUGCGUGCACAGAGAUCGUCUUUGAUGAUAUGGACGAGGCGCGAGAUGGCGUGUACCACCUGCACCUCGGGCUUGUGUCGGCGGCGGUGCUGGAGGGGAUUCGUGUCUUGUCGCUGCCGGCGGAGGUGGUGAGGGCGUUGCCGGCGAGGGACGAUGAUCCUGCGGUUAGAAUGGGGUGGAGGACUGGAGGGGUGUUGGUGCAGAGGAGGGUGUGGGGUGCUGUGCAGCAUCAGAUGAUUGGAUUGCGGAAGUUAGAGGUAGGGGUGGUGGAGGUCGCGGAAGUCGCUUCAUUUCUCGCGUGGUUGGGAUGCCACGAGGGGGUUGUCACGGGCGAUGUGAGGGUUGUGCUGGAAGGCGGUGCUCUGGGUCGUGAUGACCAGUCACAGCGUGGGGGAAUGGUGCCCGCUAGCGUGGGACAUUGCGUGCCUGAGCGAAGGCGCAGUAGGAGCUCCGCCGAUAUGGUUGGCAUGGCGAUGCCGGGUGAGGUUGAGGAGAUCAACAUCAAGGUUGUGUUGUCGAAGUGCUUGAGGGAAGAGUUCGAGAAUGUCAGAUGGGGACGGUGCAGGGCCGUCGAGAUUGGGAGGCGCUCAGGAGCCGCAUGCUAUCACGGGAGGGAAGCAAGAUGGGAUGCCGUCGAGUACGAACUGAUGAACAUCAAUGCCGUGGACGAGGACAUGCAGGGGAGGGUGCAUGCCCAGCUCCGGGGGAUGAAUCUGCGGAAUGGUGAUGGCGUUGGUGCUCAGACGUUGGGUGACAGAGUGUAUGGGAAGAUGCGGCUGUUGACCUGA